AUGGCUGCAAGGACUGAACACCAAACGGUUCCUCUUUCGGUACUCCUGAGGCGUGAAUUGGCUCAUGAGAAAAUUGAGAAGCCUGAGAUUGCUCAUGGUCAAGCGUGCCAAAGCAAGAAAGGGGAGGAUUUAACACUGGUCAAGACAGAAUGCCAGAGGGUGGUGGGGGAUGGGGUCUCUAUAUACUCAGUUUUUGGGCUGUUUGAUGGACACAAUGGAACUGCUGCUGCGAUUUAUACCAAGGAGAAUCUUCUAAAUAAUGUUUUAAGUGCGAUUCCUCCAGAUCUUAACAGAGAUGAGUGGCUAGCAGCAUUGCCCAGGGCUUUAGUUGCUGGCUUUGUAAAAACUGAUAAAGAUUUUCAAGUGAAAGGGCAAAAAUCUGGAACAACUGUCACCUUUGUGAUUAUAGAAGGUUGGGUUGUAACAGUUGCAUCAGUUGGUGAUUCCCGUUGCGUACUUGAAUCUUCUGAUGGUGAGAUUUAUUACUUGUCUGCAGAUCACAGGCUUGAAUCGAAUGAAGAGGAGAGGGUGCGGAUCACCUCUAGUGGUGGUGAAGUUGGUCGAUUAAAUACAGGGGGAGGUGCAGAG